CACAUUCUUUUGUCCAACUGGGCUUAGGCAUGCACUUGUGUGCGUGUGGACAUGAGUCUGCUGGCAAGUGUUUGGCCAAAAAUAAACGGCCCAAGGACCUCGACAUGUGUCUAUGGAAACUGUUGCAAUUGUUGUUCAAAUAUAAACAAACGAUAUGCGAGUGCUUAGCUGAGCCGGCUAACGGUAUAUACAAAUGGUAUGAUGAUUGGUGAUAAAGUACCAGGCCAUAAGUGUGGAAACCGGUUGUCGCCAGUAGUCUCUCAGCAUUCAUCGGGCACGCAAUCACUUCGGAAUAGAAUUAUCCAAAAGAAAAGUAAUUAUCACUGGAAUCAUCAGAAAAGCUAGACGCAAUAGUUUCCAAAAUGCACAAAUGCUAUUGCGGCGUAAUGAGAUCGGGAAGUGAGCGGCAGCAGCAACAUCUUGCGCUGCAUCAAGAUCGAGAUCAUCAUCCACGUGGCGAUCUCAGGUCGGUGACCUCAUCUUCCAGACAAAGCCUGCGACCCACCCAAUUUGUAAAACGUCCGAGCCUAAAGACCGCGCCCAGAUUUGGCCUAGGUCAUUCCAGCACCGAGUUGGUCAAUGACUUCAGUCGCCGGAACUCCACAGCCACCACGGUGAGUCACUGCUCCAGCUGCAGCUGCAGCUCCUCCCAGCAACGCCAGCAGAGCAGGGCCAAGGUUUUGCGAUGGGGCUGGGAACGAACAGGAGGUAUUGACACCUCGAACACGAACCACCAUGAAAGGUACACGGACAAUCGUCGUCUUUACGAGCAGAGCGCAUGCGUCGCCAGUCGCCAGAGGAGCCAAGGUCAGGGUCAGGUUUACAGUGGCAACUCGACGCCAUCGCCACGCCCAGUUGAGUACCCCAAACAGCAGGCCAUCGAUGAGCUGCAGCAACUGAAGGUCCUGCAGCACUUCCGCCUGAUGAACACCAGCGAAUGCUUCAGUGAUGUCCGCCAGGAUGAGCUGCGUCUGCAGCGGGCAUAUGAUAAAAUCAUUUUCGGCCACUCGGACAAGUGGAACAAGGAUCGGGCCAAUGAGAGCAGGCAACAGGAAGUGACGAGGAGCAGCAGCAGCACCACCACGCCCUACGCCCUAAGGCAGAAGUUGCUCCAGCUGAGGCUCCAGGAGGAGGAGCGACAUGGCAGGGGCACGGGAGCCACAUGUGCUCCAUUGGGAAAGAGUUGCGCACUGCGAUAUAACUAAACUAAAGUGCUAUAUAAAUAUAAACUAUAGUGCAAUAUAGUAAGCAACAUAAAGUAAAGUUAUGAAUAAGAAUUGCAAGUCCUUGAACUUCUUUAGAUUGUAACACCAACUAUAUAGACAAUAAAUCAAUCAAAUCAAUUCGCUAUCUAAAUAAGAAACUAACAUGCAUUUCACUCAAGUAAAAACACAUCCCAAAUUUCAUAUUUAUUGCU